AGGAUCCAGUGAAGCCGGCGGUGGGGAGAAGUUCGGUGAAGAGCGGCAAGGAAGGCGGAGGAAGUUCCGAAGAGGUACAGCCAGGAAUGAACAAGCGGCCCAGCCCCAGCGCCCCUCCCCGACACAGCUGAACAAGAUCCAGUAUGGCGGAGGUGGUCAGGUGGUGAAGAGGGAGCGCAGACAGAGCUCUUCCCGAUUCAGCCUGAGCAAGAAUAGAGAGCUCCAUAAACUGCCGGCCCUGAAAGAAUGUCCCCCCGGAGAGGAGCUGGAGGUCCUGUUCGUGGAGAAGAUCCGGCCAGUGCUGCGUCCUCUUUGAUUUCGUGUCGGAUCCUCUGAGUGACCUGAAGUACAAGGAGGUGUGAAGCGGGCGGCUCUGACGGAGAUGGUGGAGUACAUCACACACAGCCGGGACGUGCUGACAGACGCCAUUUAUCCGGAGGCGCUGGUGCACAUGUUCUCGGUUGAACCUCUUCAGCCUCUGCCUCCCUCUUCUAAUCCCAGCGGAGCCGAGUUCGAUCCGAGGAGGACGAGCCGACAUUGGAGGCCGCCUGGCCACAUCUACAGCUGGUUUAUGAGUUCUUCCUCUGAUUCCUGGUUGGAGUCCCACGGGACUUCCAACCCAACGUAGCCAAGAAAUACAUCGACAGAAAAGAAAUUCGUCCUGUCGCUCCUGGAUCUGUUUGACAGUGAAGUGGAUGUGCGUGGGGGGAACGGGAUUUCCCUGAAGACGAUUCCUGCACCGGAUCUAUGGCAAGUUUCUGGGGCUUCCGAGCGUACAUCUCAGACUCGUCACAUCAACAACAUCUUCUACAGGUUUAUAUACGAGACGUGAGACAUCACAAUGGAAUUGCUGAACUGCUGGAAAUACUUGGCAGCAUCAUUAAUGGUUUUGCCCUCCCACUGAAGGAGGAGCACAAGAUGUUCCUGAUCCGCGUCCUGCUCCCCCUGCACAAAGCCAAAUCACUGAGCGUGUACCACCCGCAGCUGGCGUACUGUGUGGUUCAGUUUCUGGAGAAGGACAGCACGCUCACCGACCCAGUGAUCAGUGGCCUCCUGCGGUUCUGGCCUCGCACACACAGCCCCAAGGAGGUGAUGUUCCUGAACGAGUUGGAGGAGAUCCUGGACGUCAUUGAGCCGGCAGAGUUCAGCAAAGUCAUGGAGCCGCUCUUCCGGCAGAUUGCGCAGUGUGUGUCCAGCCCCCACUUCCAGGUAGCGGAGCGAGCGCUGUACUACUGGAACAACGAAUAUAUCCUCAGCCUGAUGAGUGACAACGCCGCCCAGAUCCUCCCCAUCAUGUUCCCAUCGCUGUACCGCAACUCCAAGAACCACUGGAACAAGACUAUACAUGGACUGAUCUAUAACGCUCUGAAGUGUGUUCAUGGAGAUGAAUCAGAAGUUGUUCGAUGAUUGCACCCAGCAAUACAAAGCCGAGAAGCAGAGGUUUUGUGUAUAUUGGGGGGGGGGAGGAGAGCUGCGUAUAUGGGAUUGGGUGGGGG